UGUAUACACACCUUGGUAUGUUGUUUACAGUCUAGUAACGAUGUUUUGUUUACUCCAUAGUGCCGGGUUCACAGAGAAAAGCCAAUAAUUAAACUACUGAAUAUAAGCGUGUUAUUGGAAAAUUCUCUGCACUUUAUUUGCAUUAUCACAAAGUCAGUGUAUUGUGCCUUGCCUUAAGCGGCCAGCGUUGGUUGAGCAAACGCUCGGUCACCUUUUAUCUCUUAUCAGCAUUUUAAACAAUUCUUCUGUCAAUCGGAUAAGCUGUGGAGAGGAGUGGCCAGCAAUUUACCAUUUCUUACGCGUAUGGUUUCUCAGCUAGGUUUCUCCAAACGCCUUUGAUUUUAGAAACGUUCUGCUGCACUGCGAUGAAUCAUUCCACCGAAAUCAUACUGACGAUUGCCGGCAUUGUGCUGGUGCACGGGCUAAUUUUCUACUUCCUCACCCGCAAGUCACGUCUGAUCAAGGGCAAACAUGUGGUCGUUACGGGCGGUUCCAGCGGUAUCGGUCUGUGGGCAGCGAUCGAGUGUGUACGAUUGGGCGCGCACGUUACCAUCAUUGCACGCAACGUGCCCCUGUUGGAAAAAGCCAAAGAAGAGCUGGAGAAGAGACGCGUCCGUGACACGCAGCUCAUACAGUACCGGUCGGUGGAUGUGGCGAAAAGCUACGAAACGGUAGAGCAAGCGCUGGAUGAAUUGGAACGUACCGUCGCCCCCAUCCAUAUGCUUAUCAACUGUGCCGGGAUGGCGAUUUGCGGUACGCUCGAGGACACUUCGAUCGACGACGCCCGGAAGCUGAUGGAUGUUAACUAUUUCGGGACCUACUACCCGACCCGCUACGUACUGCCAAAGCUGAAGGCUGCCGGGGACGGUAUCAUCGUGAUUACCGCGUCCCAGGCGGCACUGAUGGGCAUCUACGGGUACGGUGCGUACGCCGCGUCCAAGUUUGCACUCCGCGGACUGGCCGAAACGAUUGCGAUGGAAGCGCGGCACCGUGGCGUUAGCGUGACCCUUGCCCUACCGGCCGAUACCGAUACGCCCGGGUUCGAGAACGAAAACCGGUCCAAGCCGGAGGAAACGAAAAUCAUAUCCGGUUCGGGUGGGCUGGCGAAACCGGAGCACGUUGGCAGGCGGUUGGUGCAGGACGCACUGAAGGGAUCCUUUUUCUCCAUCAUGGGACUGGAAAGCUGGGUGUUGAGCAUCCUGUGCGUCGGUAUGGCACCGUGGCGCGGACCGUUGCUGUGUUUCGUGCAGUUUUACCUACUCGGCCCGCUGCGGCUGAUCGGGCUAGCGUUGCAGUGGAACUUUCAGCGAAUUAUAAAGAACUGUGCCAAGCAGCGGCAGCGACCAUAAGCGCAACAGAACGUUCUCAAGUGUAAACGCGAUGGCGAUCAAAUUUACUGUAACUGAUGAAACCACCAAAAACGGCCACACGCACACAGCCGUUUUUGGGUGAUGCUAUUUUGGAACCAACUCUCCUAUUUCUCCCUUAUAGAAAAAAACGAGGAAAAAAGAACAGUAUUGCAUUGCAUUUAAAAAACAAAAUCCAAUUUACUAAUUAUUCGCUCUUCUCGCAUUUCUCUCAUCUUCCCAACACAAAGAAACUCACAUAACUCACACACACUACUGUUUGUAUGUUUGUUAAUUCCUUUCGUAACUGGAGGUUGUGUUGUAAUUUUAUUAAUCUGUUUGUUUCUCUUUUGUUUGUCUGUUUUCUGUGACUGUGUGUGUGUGUUUUUUUUACAAAUUCAUCCACAUUGUUUGCUAUACACGCACGCACGCACGCACAAUUCCCAACCGCUCUGUGAAUUUCCUUCCAUGCAAUGCAAAAACCUAUCGAAAAAACGGCAUCCCGGAAAACUAUAACCACGGAAGAGCAACAGCAGCUUAACAAGAGAAGGGUAAUUAAAAUAAUAAAGACUGUUUUUUGUUGUUGUUGCAAAAAGGGA